GGUUCAACUACACCACAUCUUUCCCGAGUUCUCCCUCCGGUCCUCCGCUACAAAAUCAAACACCUUAAUCGCUCUCUUCUUCCAGAAGGAUCGUAAGAUCGAGUGAUUGAUUCUGCUGCAGCAGCAGCUUUCAUUGCGUGUUACAAGAACCGAAACGGCUUUCAUCCUUUGUCUUUCUGACUGUCUCUCUUUCUAGGGUUUUUUUUCGUAGCAAUGGCCAAAGAAGGACCGAAUUGGGAAGGCUUGCUGAAGUGGAGUCUCGCACACUCCGAUGGAACUCGCCCCACUCGCAAUUUGAGCGAGGAAGACCGAAAAUGGUUCAUGGAAGCUAUGCAGUCACAGACCAUAGAUGUUAUUAAACGAAUGAAAGAGAUAACUCUUGUUAUGCAAACUCCCGAGCAAGUCUUGGAGUCUCAAGGUGUUACUGCAGCAGACAUAGAAGAUAUGUUAGAUGAACUGCAAGAGCAUGUUGAAUCCAUUGACAUGGCUAAUGAUCUUCAUUCAAUAGGUGGUUUAGUACCUCUUCUAGGUUACUUGAAAAACUCCCAUGCUGGCAUCCGAGCAAAGGCUGCAGAGGUUGUAACCACCAUUGUUCAGAACAACCCCAGAAGUCAGCAACUUGUAAUGGAGGCAAAUGGUCUGGAAUCUCUCCUCCAUAAUUUCACUUCAGAUUCUGACAUAACUGUUCGGACCAAAGCACUUGGUGCAAUAUCAUCUCUUAUACAACACAAUAAACCUGGGAUUUCUGCAUUUCGUCUAGCAAAUGGUUAUGCAGCACUGAGGGAAGCAUUGGGAUCAGAAAAUGCCAGAUUUCAAAGGAAGGCACUCAACCUGAUCCAGUACCUUCUACACGAAAAUAGUUCCGAUUGCAGUGUGGUUACAGAAUUAGGAUUUCCCCGUCUGAUGAUGCACUUAGCAUCAAGUGGUGAUGCUGAUGUACGAGAAGCUGCACUUAGGGGCCUUCUGGAGCUUACCCAAGACAGAAAAGGUGAAAGCAUAAGCGUUUUUACUGAAGAUGAUGAGAAGCUAAAGCAAAUUCUCCAGGAUCGGAUAAAAGAUAUCAGCUCCAUGUCCUCCGAUGACCUUGGGGCAGCCAAGGAGGAAAGACAGCUUGUUGACUCCCUGUGGAACGCCUGUUAUAAUGAGCCGUCCUCUCUCAGAGAGAAAGGUUUACUUGUUCUGCCGGGAGAAGAUGCACCCCCACCUGAUGUUGCCAGCAAGUUUUUUGAACCUCCACUGAGAGCCUGUGCUGCUGAUAGAGACCCAACCAGCAAAAGGAAAGACACACCUUUGCUAUUGGGGGCGGGUCCGAGCAUAGGUGGUGAUGCAAGAACUGAUACCUAGAAAUUAAGAAAGCACAUUCAAGAAAUUAGAGCUACAAAUGAUUUAUCAAAAGAAAAUUAGAGCUACAAAUGGUAUUUGUCCGUUUGUCCAAUCUGAUAGGAUUUAAAUGUAUAAGCUUGUAAUAGUUGGCUUGUUUGCUAGAGUCAUGGAUUUUAGUCAGGAGAAGUUAUUUUGAAGUCAUGAAUAUGCUAUACAAUAUUAAAGUAUUUUUUUCAUGCUAUACAACAUUUUAAGUCCUUUUCAGUUCAUUUCUUGUUAAUGAUAUACAAUAUUUCUGAUUCA